UACUCCUGUACAGUAGGUGGGGCACUAAGACCGAGAAAUACUCGAAAUCCUUCUCGGCCCCCUCCCUGUGACGCAAAUUGUGCUAGCUCCAGAUGCUAACACCUGAGGGACAUCUACGCGUGGUCGUGCUGUAAAGUCUGCUGGCCACAAAUAAGGAAAUCAUUGUUUGAUUUUUAUCAAGAAUAAUCUGAUCCACAAAAUGGGAGAUCCUGCUCUCCACAGAGACUGUCCCCUUGACUGCAAGGUUUAUGUUGGAAAUUUGGGAAACAAUGGAAACAAGACUGAACUUGAGAGAGCGUUUGGGUACUAUGGUCCUCUGAGAAGUGUGUGGGUCGCCAGGAAUCCUCCCGGCUUUGCUUUUGUAGAGUUUGAAGAUCCCAGAGAUGCUUCUGAUGCUGUGCGGGAACUGGAUGGGAGGACCAUGUGUGGCUGUCGUGUGCGUGUAGAGUUGUCCACUGGAGAGAAGCGUUCGAGGAGUCGUGCCCCACCUCCGUCCUGGGGCAGGCGCCCUCGGGAUGACUUCAGGAGGCGGAGUCCUCCAGUCAGGCGUCGAUCACCGAGGAGGAGGAGCGGCAGUCGCAGCCGUAGUCGGUCUCUGUCAAGGGAAAGGCGCAGAUAUCGUUCUCUGUCGAGGGAAAAGCCCCGCAAGCGCUCGAGGUCUCUCUCUAGGUCCAGAAGUCGUUCCAGGUCUUUUGAGAGGAAAUGAAGAUGUGUUCUAUCUGCUGGAUUGUGCUAUGUUCAAAAAAGUUUCAUUUGGUAUUUUAGUUUUCUUCACUUUUUUAAAUACUACAACACAAUGUUGUUCAUAAUAUACAAUCCCUUAUCUUGACAAAAAGAAAGGCUUGGGUAUGCAGAAACUGGAUGUCAGACAGUGCAUGUUGUGACUCGGAUACUAUUUUACAUCUUUUUUAACUGUUCAAUAAAGCUUUUGUAAAGUUUUGAUUUUUAUGUUGCUUUGUUUAUGUUUACUCCUGUUACUGGUUGUUGGUUUAGAUAAAGACGUCUGGACAUACUGUACAUUUUUGGUCUGUUGUUUACAGGUUUCUCAGAAAGACUCUUUUAUCCACUUUAUGUACAUUUUCAAAAUGAUGGUUGAAGAAUCAAUUCCCAUGUAGCCACUUUGUCAAUAAAUGGCUUUCAAAUGUGA